AUGAGUCUUUUCAAUAAACCCAAGAGUGAGAUGACCCCAGAGGAGCUGCAGAGGCGGGAGGAGGAAUUCAACACACGUCCCCUCUCGGUGCUCACACAGUUAGUCAAGAACAACACACACGUGCUCAUUAAUUGUUGCAACAACAAGAAGCUCCUGGGACUGGUGAAGGCCUUUAACAGGCACUGCAACAUGGUGCUGGAGAAGGAGAUGUGGACUGAGGUCCCCAAGAGAGGCCAGGGCAAGAAGACAUCCAAGCCUGUCAACAAAGACCGCUACAUCUCCAAUAUAUUCCUGCGCAAGGACUCAGUCAUCUUGGUGCAAUGGAACCUGAACCGUUCAUUGCCGGCAAGUAGAGUAGUGGCCUCUUCCCUCUAUAAGAGUCUGCUCCCUGCCGAGCCCUGCCCAAUGGGAUGGAAAUAA